GUUCGCGCCCAAAAUCACAUGAUCUUCUUCUUGUCUCGCACUCCCGCCCUCUCCGUGGAAUAUGAUCAUAAGUAGCCCCUUUUGUCCAGCACAUAAUGGAUACCCAAAAAUUCGCCCUUGAGUCGGCGCAGCGGGCGACGGUUGAGUUGGAUCAAGUCAAACAGGCCCUCCGUGCUGCAGAGGAUAGGCACGCGGCCAUCAUUUCAGAAAACAACAAUCUCAUAUCACAGCUUCGCGCACAAGUCGUAGAAUUGCAAUCCCAAACAAUGCGGCUGCAAUCUGAGUUGUUGUCUCGGUCCCGGCAGGGAGGUUAAAUGGGUCAGAGAGGUCCGGGGAAUGUUUGGCGAUCUUCAUGCUCGGUAUCCGAAGUGGUUUUUACCAAAGCAUCUACGGCAAGCACUCAAAAGCGCCCAAACCAAAACACAAGAGCAGCUUUCCGCCGGUACAACCGACACCGAUGAGGGAGUAGAGCUCUGGUUCCAAAACAGGUUGUUGGCACUCGUCACAUCGCACAAGCAUCAUGAAGUCAAUGAUGUACUCUACAAGGUGUAUGACUCGGCGCGUGGGCUGAACAAUAGUGCUAAAAAGCGCGCAGCAGCUCGAACGCCAGAUGCACAAGAAUCAGUCAUGGUGGAAACACAGCAGGUUGCCGAUUCAAUUGCCAUGUCACAGCCCCUCCCCGACAUCGACCUUUCAGCUGGCGCCACUGACGACAUCAAUUUCCACACUGAACCCAGUAGCGACGACGACAACAACAACAGCAGCGACGACAGCAACAACAACAGCGACGACAGCAACAACAGCAGCGACGACAGCAACAACAACAACAACGUCAGUUCGAGCGAAAGCCUGCUCACAAACUCCAACUUGGCGGCGGCAGACGAGAGCGAGGACGAUGACGCGCAUCCUGCUUCGUCGGAUAGUGGACUCGCUGCAGCAUCCAGCGACAGCGAAAGCCACGAGGCAAACGAUCGUGUAACAAGCGCUGAAAUCGAUGAUCAAGAUGAUUCGCGUCAGGACAACAACUGCACCGGUGGCUUGGUGAGAAGGCGAUCCAACCGCGAUUAUCGGCCGGCCCACAACGUGUCUCGUUCAAGCAAACGCAUGCGAUUCUGCACGGAAGGCGAGCAAAGUGGCCCUCGGCGACAUCAGACGCGUGCCCAGCGUGCUGCCAGUCGAGCCCUCCAAGGCCAAAGCCAAGACAUGUCCACGCCCGUUCCGCCGCCACAGCCAGCACAGCCUCGGGCCGCCCGCCCGCCGCAACUGGUCAUGGACAACACGCCAUGGGAUCCCAACUCAUCCUCACAGUCGCGUGUUUGGGAAAGCGCCAGCGCCAAAAUCUAUCGCAAGUCGAUGGAAAACCCUUUCGUUCCACUUGGCAUGGCCAUGACGACGAUUGUGCUCGGCAUCGGGAUGUACUCGUUCAAGACGGGCAACGCCAAGCUCGGCCAGAACAUGAUGCGCCUGCGCGUGUUUGCACAAGGUGCGACGAUCGCAGCACUGACGGGCGGUGUCAUGAUGCAGAUGGCAAAGGCACAGCAGGCACAGCAGGCACAGCAGGCACAGGUAGAGGCAGAAGCGGCUGCAGCAGCAUUGCCAGCACCGACCUCUGCAACCGAGCCAGCCAAGCCAUGAGCACUUGCUUUCGGGUGUUGUUUUGGUGGGUUAUUGUUGUUGUUUCAAGGAUGCAAAACAAUCUACAGCCAUGUCGAUUUUGGUGGCGGCGAGUGAUGUUGUAUUUUUUGAAAGCAGGUGUGUUUUGAAAGAUUGGGCAACAGCAAAUCCGA